AACUAAACCAAAACAUGCUGCUGUUUUCUGCACAUGUGAAGGUGGUAAACACUGAAUGUGUGGGUUGACGGUUUUUGAAAAGAGAACAAUUGUGAGAAAAAAAAAAAGUCAUCCAUAGAAGUCACUUUGACAGCGUGUGGAAACUCCCCAGCCAUUCUAGAUGGCUGUAUAAUGUUAAGAGCUCACGUGACAGAUCAGCAGUGGAAAAAUAUGAACAGUAUGUCACUGUAACAUAUGAAAACCAGACGUCAACCGCCGGAUUCUCUGAAGAUUAUCUUUUAAGCGACUAUAACCUGGUAUUUUUUAUGUUGAAAAUCAGCUGAAUUAGUAGGUUUAUUGAAGUGCAGUGAGUCACUGAACAACACCAAUCAUUCUUGUUUUUAAAGAAGUGAAGCAAUAUUGUCUUCAACUCAUAAUAAUCUCUCCAACAGUGCAAAGAAUACUUUAAUCUAUGACUUCUGUCAUUUAGACUGUGCCUUAUUUCCUACUUUGCUCUGGUGUAUUGUACAUAGUUGUUUUUUCAAAAUGGCUUUUUUGUUUCUUUUUUUGGCGUCAACAUCAUCCCUGAAAUGUGAAACAUUUAAGGAAAAGUUACAGUAACCAAAGCAGAUUUUUGUGUGGAUGGAGACUUUUAUUGCGUCAGUUUAUAGCUUGGCUCAGGACAAGGCCCAGUAACCACAGUCCUUCAUGUAUGGCCAGUAAUGGAAAGCACAAAGGGAUUGGCUGUAGUGAGAGUGACACCCUCCUACCUCCACCACCACCAUCAGCCCUUCAUGUCUGCCCUGCAGAUGGGAGGUCAUCAACGGGUCGCCUGUUUCACCCACAUGCACUACUCUCUGCCCUCCACCCUCGUCUAAGAUGGCUGCUCACGGCCUCCUCCUGCAUUCAACCAGAUUAGAGCAGAGUUGUGUGCUACCAUGGUGAUCAUUUUAUCCAAAACAUUGGAAAAGAAGAAGGGUGUCAAUGAUGUAAGGCCCAGGAACACCGAGAGACAGCUGCAACAGCUCCAUACCAUGAGCAAAGGGACCACCCUCUUCUCCUGUGGGUCUGUGGAGGCAGAUAGGUGGCUGGAUCUGGGGCGAAGCUGUGCUGUCCAGCAGAGAGUUCCCUGCCAGACUGGUGCCAGUCUGAGGGACGUAGUCCCCGAGCCAGAAAUCCAACACUGGGCCAAGGAACCAUGCAGUGCCACGGCGAUCACAAGUCUGAUCAGAGAUCUGGGCCUUGGUAACGGCAGCGUGACCGGUCCCUGUUCCAGCAAUACAUCUCCCACCACACACUACACAGCUACAGCCACCAGCCAGGCUCCAACAGCACCCCCGAGCAAACGGCAGUGUCGCUCCCUGUCGUUCUCUGAUGAAUUAAGUGGGUUCCGCUCCCCCUGGAGGCCUCAGGGCUCCCGAGUGUGGACAACAGUUGAGAAACGAAGGUGCCACAGUGGGGGCAACGUUCGCGGAGGAGGGGGAUUCUCUGGCGGCCACUCUCCCGCCAUUCAGCGGAGCUCCAGCUUCAGCUUUCCCUCAUGCUCCGGCGUCUUUUCCGACGGCUCUCUCGACUUGCCCUUCUUCAACCAGCGGCUGCCUCUCUGUCCUCAGUUUACCGCCUCCCCCGUGUCCCUCACCUCUCCUUCCUUCCACCUUCACCACUCACUCCAUCACCACUUUCUGAGGCCGCUCUCGCUCUCCCAUGAGCAGAUCAGCCUGCCGGAACUGCAGAGGGAAGAGACGUCCGAGGCCAGUUCUCCUGAUUCCACCCCAGAACUUGGGAGGCGUGCUGGUCCAAGAGCCGGAGGCUCAGGCUGUCUGUCUCGCAGCAGGUCCCAGCCCUGUGUCCUUAAUGACAAAAAGAUAGGCAUGAAACGCAGGAGACAGGAAGAUGCGCAGGAGCAGCGUCCCUCCUUGGACCUGGCAAAGAUGACUCAGACUCUUCAGACGUUUCAAAGCUUGAGCUACCCCAGACGCUCGGCCACUGACAGCUGCGGGACAAACCUAGAGCUUCCUUCUUUCCAAAUUUCAAGCCAAGAGAAUUCCAACUUUCCAACUUUGUCCGAGCUUGGACUGGAGUCACGGCAGGAAGUGGCAGGAGAUGAUGAUGAUGAGGAGGAGGAUGACGACGAUGAAGAAGAGGAUUCUUCUUACGGCGAGCUGGACAGCGAUUCAGUUUGUAGCGUCGACUCGAGGUCUGGGUCUCCUCUGGGCAUCAUGGGUGAGAAGUGCAUCCUCUGGAAGGGUGAGUGUGUCACCAAGAGGGACAUUUUCCAACUCGGAGGAGAGCUGGAUCUGGAGCAGAUUGAAAAAAACUGAACACUUUACAGGAGACUUUAAAAGACUGUCGUGAAAGGUUAUGAGAUGUUGGUGUUGUGUUUGAGGACAGCUGUAACAAAAAAAAGUGCUUUUAGAAAAACAGUUGAAGUUUUGUUUUUUUUCUUGUAAAGGGACAAGAGGAAGAAGGUGUAGAAAAGAGGUGUUAAAAUGAGAACUAAUAAGAUUCAAGUACGUUGUUGAUGACUGGCUUCUUAAUGACACACAUGCCUUAAAACAUUCUCACUGUUGUGAUUACAAAAGCAGGGAGUGCUUCGUGUUUGUUUUUCGGGGGUGUCCAGUUUAACUCAGGAGUAGGAAAGUGAGGGUUAGUCUUAAGAAAACUUUCCAGCCCCCUUCUGUCUCUUCAACCUGAUGACCUUUCCAAAGUCAGCUAAUCUUAUGUCUCUAGCACUGUAGCAGUAGCCGGGCUCUCCUGUACUUUAAGCCUUAAUUUUAGUCUGAGAAAGUUAGAGUAUCGAGGACUUUGUCGCCCGGUGUCAACAAUAAAGAAGGCUUUUCUCAUGGACUGACCUUUGACCUUGCCCUUCACCUUUCUGCACAAGUUAAACUCAGACUUUGUUUUCCUGAAUGUAGACACAAUAAGCUUUAUGACGAGUCUGGAAAUCAGCAGUGCCUUCUUUUGGAUGUUUGCUGUGGCGGUUGUGUCCAAGUAACCAUCGAUUCAUCUGAAGUCACCAUUUCUGGCUUUUUGUAGUUUCUUCAUAUGCAAAUUGUAUAUUUGAAUGCAACACUGAAUCUUGAGUUUUUCCAGUUCUAAUAUCAGUGUAUAUUUUUCUAAGUGUUUUUUUUUUUAUGAGCUGUUUGUGAAGGAGCAGGAAUUCAAGGCCUUUCUUCUGACGACGUGGAGAUUAAAUAAAUUUACAAGCUGCACUCAUA